AUGCCGGCGUCGUCGAGGGGCAGUGCGCCGGGUGUAGCUCCUGAGGGCGCGACGAGUUCAGCUUUCGUCGCAGACGGAGCUCGAGUCGUGGAUCCAUCAGUUUGCCUUGACCCGAAUCCCUCCAUUAAGGAAACUACAAGUAACGCAUCGCUGCAAGUGCCAGUACCUUCUGGUCCUCUAGUAGCAUCUUCAACAGAAGUGGGAGGAGAUGGAGCAGCAGCAGCCGCAACGUCUUCCACCGCGACUGGUCCAGCAGCUGGCGGAGCCACAUCUUCUACAUUGAAAGUAGGAGGUGAAGCCGCCGCCACGUCAUCAAAAGCACCGAAAGCGAAGGCAAAGAGUAGCAACAAACGUAAAGCUCCAAAUGCAGCUGGGAAGUUAAGUUGAGUUGUCUGUGAAUUAUUAGGGAAAUAGGAGGAGGUCCUACACCUGCUAGUAGGAGGUCCUACACCUACUAGCGCGCACUAGGAGGAGGUCCUACACCUACUAGUACUUGUAUGUACUUCUUUUUGUGAUCUCCAUAGUGUCAAAGUAACCUAGACGGAAAAAUCGGAAGUCCCAUCUUCUAAUGAAGAGCAAAGCUGCGCCUGGUGCGAAACCAGCUACAAGUAUUCGGGAAAUGCUGUCGCAGUCGUCUCAGAGGGACCCUAAUGCAGGAAAUUCCGCUUCCAGCAGACUUCCAAAAGUGCGGAAAAUUGCACCCACGACUGAUCAGAUGUAUAGGGACUACCACGCCAAACGAGAUUGGGAGGCCGAUCGGCGCAUGGAAACGGAUUUACAGCAGCAUUUGAAGGAGAAUGUUGAUAAGAGCAAGUAUUUCACUUUUUGUAGAGAGGCUUGACUACAUUCCUCUUCUUUCAGUAUCUCCCUUAUUUUCAAUAGUUACUCGGUUAUUUCAGUUUUUCGAAUAUGAAAGAACUUCAAUUUCAUCUUCCACACACUCACAUUUUCAUGGCCAACAGGAACAGGAGAGUUCAAUUUCUCCAUCUCCCACGCACAAACUUGAUCCAGGGACAACAUUUUCCACAUGGCAUGCCAGUUUUUGGACGUUUACAGCUUGCUGAAUAUGCGGUGUGUCUGCAAGGAUUUCUGCGCUGCUGUGCGCGUCGAUCAGAGGAAAUUAAAGACCGUUUUGCUACGAAAAAUAGCAAGAUUCUUAGACUUUGGGGCAAACCUGUCAAUGCGGGACGUCGAUACGAAAAUGGCAUCUCAAUGUCCAGACUUCUUCUCCAAUCAUUUCGAUAUCGAAGGGACGCCGUAUUCUAUUGUUAAGCCCAUGAGACUGACUAUUUUGGAAAGACGAAGAAGAGUCCAGUGGUGUCCAAGAUGAAGACCUUGUAUUUAUGGAGUAAACAGUAAAUGAACAAAAACAUCAGAAUGAGAAUAUCUAUGUAGUUGACACUUCUACAUCAUUGGCGGGUCGUUUCGGAGACACGACACGGCGCACACCUACAACAAAUUUUGUUGUUGAACAAAUGACCCUACUACACGAACUUUUUUAUCUCAGGUACAUUCGCGGCGUCACUCUCUACACAUCGGAUGAGACGCUGCGUUGUAGCUGGGUUGAUCGGUAUCUUUUCGCGGAUCUCGAAUCGUGGAACCCAGAUCCUGCCAAAGACGCUUUGACCUCUCUGAAAAGGUUGUGGGACUUCCAGACGGGACGCAAGUUGGGCGGUGUAGCAACAAAUAUUCUUACCGUAUUUAGCUUUUGUGUAAACAUCUAAUUCAAUUACUUGUUCUAUCUACGGCAUAGUCUUGUACUUGUUCAACAUCAAUUACCUCCACGACCUCAAAGACUUCGAUAUGACUUGCAUGAUAUUUCAUCAAACCCUCAUCGUGAAGAUACAACUAAAAACAGAAAGAAUCCGUGCCUAACCGAAGUUGGACGGUGAAUUUUGUGAAGGCCAAGAGGUGGCAAGAAUUCAAUUCCUGCACUACCGUAAACUGGAAGACGAAGUUUAUGGCGCUUUUCUACCACCACCAUACGGAAGAGGAACCAAUACGAGCACGCUUAAGGGACUUGAUUUUAUGGCUGGUGAAUUGCUGUGACCACUGUGUUAAACUCUCUUACCACGUUGGAGUUGGUUAAUGAUAUCCCUCGUGUGAAGAUUCCUUUCCACGACUCUUCUACUGAGUAGAAAAGUACUACAGGAACGCUUGGUAGACCUGUAUGAACUAUGGUCACGAAAAGCACUUCUAAUCCUUCUGCGGGAAGUGGGGCACGACAAAGUUACCCUGGGAAUCAUGCUUGACCCAAUGAAGUGAGGAGGCUUCUCGGCUGAUUAUUUUGGCGUAAACAUCGUGCGCCGGCACGACAGCAUACCGAAUGAACAAAAUCAUGAAUGAGAAUGAUGACCAGCAUCUUUUUGACCAUUUUCCGUAUAUCAUUGCGCUCAUAUUCAUCUUCUUGAUCAUAAGCAGGAAAUGCACAAGACGAAGAAAAACAGCUAAAUAUCACGACCUGAAUCCCCGCGAUGAUCGAUCCCUUAUAAUAUUCGAAGGACUUCUACCUACAACUCCAACUCUACUGAUGCGCCCGAUGAC